AAAAUAGCAUAGUGUCCUGAGAUAUUGAAGAUCACGCGAACGCUUGAAACAGGUGUUUUACUCAGGAUCAUUAAACGCACUAGCAACGAAUCAUAAACAACAUGGCGGGUGCAGACGAGCAAAAAGAUAAUACUGAUUCUCUUAUAGCAGAUAUUCAAAAAAGAAUUACAGAAGCAUUUGAUAUGUUUGAUCAUGAAUCUAAUAAAACAGUUGAUGUAAGAGAAGUUGGAACAAUUAUUCGAUCCCUUGGGUGUUGUCCAAGUGAAGCAGAGUUACAUGAUAUGUUAAACAUGAUUGAAGAAGAGGAGCCAACAGGGUAUAUAAGAUUUGAAAAAUUUCUGCCAAUGAUGACUAAAGUACUCAUGGAAAGGAGAUAUAAACCUGUACCAGAGGACCAGUUACUGAAAGCAUUUCAAGUGUUAGAUAAUGAGAACAAAGGAUUUCUUACUCAGGAAGAACUUACAAAAUUAAUGACAGAAGAAGGUGAACCUUUUAACCAGGAGGAAUUAGAGGAAAUGCUGUCUGCGGCUGUAGAUCCAGAUAAAGGAUCCAUACAAUACAAGGAGUACGUUUCCAUCAUGAGCAUCGAAGAAACGUGAACGACCACAUACAAACUUUUUGUUUCAUAUGUCCUCAUCUAUGCCAUCAAUGUUUUAAAAUUUGAUUGCAACCUUGCUAUGUCAUUGGAAUAUAGUUUAGCUACAUAUGAAAUUAGAAAAUUGAAAUUCCUUUAUUUAUUCGAAAGCUUUGAUGUUGUUUAAAGUAGUGUAAUUAAAUCCUAUCAGCAAACAUCACUGUCUUGUGACUAGGCCAUAUUGAUCUGAUGAACAUUUUUUUCCCCAUGAUGAUAAAAAUUUUGCCAGUUAUGAAUUUUAAAUGAAUCAUUCUCAUGCGCAUAUCAUUGUUUAUGUAUGUUCUCUAUUA